AUGCCAGCACUAUUCGACUCUAAUCUUCAGUCGCAAGCGCGGAUCGGUACACAUGAAACGCACCGGAAAAGCAGGCUGGAAGAGCGGUUCGGUCUCGACUGCAUCGUCCACAUCAUGAACGGCACCUAUUCCGCCAAGGAGGCGGACAACUUCAUCUACGCCGCGCUCUCCAUCAUCCUCACGAAGCCCUCAAACUCGCGCCCGUCGCUCAGCAUCCUCGGCGAGAUGAAAAACCAGUACACCUCCAUCGACGUCUCCCGCGUGCUCCGCGCGACCAACCCCCACCGCGGUACCAACGACGCGUCGAGCAACCCGACCUCGACCGACGACUUCUACGACGGCGCGUACGCCGUGUCCGAGCCCAGCCCGCUCGAGGCGCGGCAGCAGCAGCAGCAGCGGUCAUUCCGCCACCCCUACACCGCAGAGAUCAUGACGCCGUGA